UCCCCUUUCGCCUCCCUCUCUAGUCCCCACCCCCGCCCAGGAAGAAAGCUUCUCUCUUUUCCCCUCGCCGCGCCGACACGAAAUCUCCAAAACCCUAGAACCACCCCGCCGGCCCCCAUGCCGCCCAUACGAUGCCCCGGCCGCCCGUUGAUAUACCGUCUUCCAGACGGCCGAAGCAUCAAUGUCUACACCGACGACGAUGGGAAUUUUGUCACCGGCGGAUCGGAGCCACGGCUCGUCUCUGAUCUCUGCAGAGAAAUCGACUCCGAAAUGCGGCGCCGGCACGACGACCUUUCCCGCGGCCGCCCCUCCCUUCCUCCAUCAGCCACCGCCUCCACCCUGCGAGGACACCGAGCAGGCAGUGCGUAUUGAGGCCCCAUCACCGCCAAGGCCUUUUCCACCUGUUUCUUCACUGAUGCCAACAAGAUUGCUCAUUAAAUAUUUUCUGAGGGUUGAUGCUGACGGACUCUUUCACACAUAUCCUCGUCGAGGCGGCCCGUUUAAGAGCUUGAAAGAAGCUCAGGAUGCUAUAGACUCCCAUCACACUAAUCUGUGUAAAUUCAAGUACAUGGGGGAUCUUUCAGAGGAGGAUAUCCAUGUGUGGCAGACCCUGUACUGGCCUAAUGGUACAAGGAUGAAUUCCAAACAAGCUUUGGAUGUGAUGAUCAACCGUCGCCCCAAAUGGGAUGUGCUUAAUGCUUUACUGGACAAGUACAAUGAGGACCAUCAUCUUUUUGGGGAUUUUGCAUAUGAACUGAAGGAAAUUGUGAGUUACAAACCACAUUUUCAGGGGAAAAACUCUCCAUACAAAUGCAGAUCAUUCUCUCAUUUAAAUUUGAUUGUCAAGAGUGGGUCGAGUGCCGUCGGCGAUCUUUUCUUCGCUGUAUAUGUGCUCAGCUGUAUAUGUGUUGUUACGCCAGAAGCUAACGGUGAGUGCUGUGGAUGUGGAGAUGAUGUAAAGCACCCCACUGGUGUCGAGUACAAAAAGCGAGACAAGUUGCCUGUUCGGCGCAAUGGUUGUGGGCGAAUGUCAGAAGAAUUAUUCGAUGAGUUUAUUGUUGUUCGUGAUGAGGAUUGGCUGGAUGCGGAGGAGGCCAGGGUGAGACGAGAGUCUAGGAUGAGCAACAAAGGAGAUGGCCAGGGAAUGAGGGGCAGAUACGUCAUACUGGCAAAACGGUAGAUGUGCAAGCAUAGAGUGGAUUUCUGCAUGUGUCAAAGCAAGGCGGGUGGUAGAGAGUGAAGCGAUUGUCUAGUCAGGUCUCCCUAGCUCCCUUUUGUUCUGUUUCACUAUGCUUAGAUCUUAGGACUCCUCUAUAGUGGUGUCUUUAGAAUGCCAGAACAAGAAGAAAGAACCUGUGGCAAGACGAGGAAGUCGCCAAGCCAUUGUAGCGUGUGGCCUGGUGCGUUGCUAUCGUUACAGUCGGUACCAGUGGUACUGAGCAAGUACUCUGUGUUGGAUGUUUCAUACUCCCUCCGUCCCAUAAUAUAAGAGUGUGUGUGUCAAAAACGCUCUUAUAUUGUGUGACGGAGGGAGAAGUAUCUUGCUUGCUGCUGUAGAAGCCUUUGUUGGAUGGAUGUGAAGGUGAGCAGGCAGAACCAAAGUGGCUUCUUUUUUAGCCUUUGGCACCGUGUUGUGUUCGUGGUUUGGUUUGGAAAAGCAAUGCUAUUGUUGCAGUGGAUGAUAUCUACUAGC